GCGUUGAACUUUCACGUUGAUUCUUGCCAGAUUCUUGCACACUCCUUGAUCGAAUUACAUCUACUCUCUCGAUGAUGGCAACUGCUGAAAGUCCAAACAGCAGGCACUCGGAUCAUCUUACUACUCUCCCAGACAUUAUUCUGAGCCAUAUUCUCUGUCUCGUUUUUGACGAUACCAUCCAAUGCACUAUCAACGCGCUCAUGAUCAACCGGCAUGUUUUUCUAUUGGCAAAACCCAUAUUUCUAUCUACGAUCAUCUUACACUCGGAGUUGUCAGUCUUACACCUCAUACAUCGUUGUAUUUCCCCGAGUCAGACGACUCUGACAGCUGCCGAUAGGGAAUACGUCAAGUGCAUAGAAGUUAAUUUCUUACCAUCAUCCCAGCAACAGAGCUUUGCGGCACCUAGCGUGCUCAGCGCUGCUACCCCUUUUCCAAACCUUCGCACGCUCAGGUUUCGCUUUAACAUCGGAGUCCCGUUGGAAUCGAGCCUGCCAACUCCAGAGAUUCACCAACAACUUGCCACGGCUACAGCCUCACACGCUCUAUGGCUAAGAGUGGAUUCGCCAUUAUUCGAUCUCUUAUCAAGUCUCAAGCCGCAGCGUUUCGAAUGGAUCUCUGAAGUUUCUUCGGGUCAAUCUAAGUUAGGCCCACGUAUAGAAGGAACCGCAGCAUCAGUACUUCGACCUAUUCAUGUUCUUGGUUUCCAUGGUGCUUUUCGAGCUCUUAUCAAGCGCUGGGACAGUCUUACGCACAUGUAUCUGGAUGGUAUCUGUUUGCUUGCUAAACAGUGCAGGUCGACCUUUCACCUUGCCCUCCUCGCAAAGCACAUGCAUAUCACUGUGAAUUCUUAUAGGGACACCUUGUAUCUCUUUUCUUCAGCUCCCCACGUGUUUUCGGUAUCUCACAAAUGCGAGAGUCUGCUGGUCGAGCGUCCUGGAGCGAAGGAAGAUCAAACAUCUAUCUAUAAUACUGUUCUCAGACCUGAGACCUUGCUUUCUUUUCGCGGCUUCUCAUCGGCUCAGUGCGCAUUGUUCAAGUACACGUUUCUUAGCACAGAGGACCAUCGAUAUCUCGGGCCGAUACCGCCAGAACAAGUUUUCCGAACCGUCGGGGCUGGGGUCCGCGGAAUGGAGUUCAACACCUCUCGGAAAACUUUAGUCGUGGCAGCCGUUACUCUGCCGCCUUCAGCAACCGUCUUGUCUCUUGAGGAAGCUACUGCUAGCGUUCCUACGUCCAGACAUUUGAAACCACGCCCCAUGCUCGCUUCUGUCGUGUCAACAACAAACUACUCCACCUUUAUUAUUGGCUUCAUCGCUAUCCCUAUUGCCAUUUGCUUCACAAUCUUGUAUUUCAUGUCAUUACCCGCUGUCCACUAUUUCCAACGACGUCUCAGUGCUGCCCCCGCCGCGAAUACCUCUGCACCUACCGCACCUCAGGACAGACCUCGGUCACGUGCAGCAUAGUCCCUUUGAUGAAGCCCAUACUUGAAGUCGGUAGCACACUUACCUGGCUAGAUCUGAUAGUAUGAUCAUUUUAUUUAGAUCUUGGAAUUUUCCGUCAGUUUUAUUGUAAGAAUCGAUUUGUAAAAUUUCAGCCGAUGCUGUGUUGGGGUUUGAUCUGAUCGAUGUCGAGCGCCAUGGUUCAUGGAGAACGCGUUCUCAGGGCAAUCUCAGAAACCUACAUAUUAGGGCUACAUAAUGAAUUAUUUUAGCCCGUCGAUUUUGGACACUCCGGACCUUAGAGGCAUGGUCAUAAAUGUAAAACCGGACGAGGGUGAAGUUUACCCAAUCCAAGUUUAUAUCUG